GCCUGUUUUUGUCCUUCCGUUCGGCAUUUCUAGGGUUUUCAGAGUUCUCUCCUAUCUCCUUCUCCGAUUAUGAUGCAGCAGCCACCACCUGGAGGCAUGGUUCCGCCACCAUCGACGGUCGGUUCGCUACCGCCAGCGCAGCCACAGUACGGUUACCAGCAGCCUUCUCCUUACGGGAUGACUCCGCCGCCGUACAGCCAAUCGGCGGGGGCUGCUCCGACUCAGAUGUGGAGCCAGCAGAUCCCGAUCGCCGGGGUUCCUGGGCAAGCGGUUGAACCCGCAAGCGCCGACGAGAUCCGGACUCUCUGGAUCGGGGAUUUGCAGUACUGGAUGGACGAGAACUUUCUCUUUAACUGCUUCGCUCAUACUGGAGAGGUGUCUUCUGUAAAAGUCAUCCGUAACAAGCAAACUCAGCAGAUUGAAGGGUAUGGAUUCCUUGAGUUUGUUUCGCGUGCUGCUGCUGAACGGGUUCUACAGACAUACAACGGUACCCCUAUCCCAAGCUUUCCCGACCAGCUCUUUAGAUUGAAUUGGGCCAGCUCGGGAGAGAAACGGGAUGAUUCGCCUGAUUUCACAAUUUUUGUGGGUGAUUUGGCUGCCGAUGUCACCGAUUAUAUUCUACUAGAGACAUUCAGAGCCCGUUAUCCUUCAGUUAAGGGUGGUAAGGUUGUCAUCGACAGAGUUACUGGACGGACAAAGGGAUAUGGUUUUGUUAGGUUUGGAGAUGAAAGUGAACAGUUACGUGCUAUGACCGAAAUGAACGGUGUUCUGUGUUCGACUAGGCCUAUGAGGAUUGGACCAGCAGCCAGCAAAAAAGGUGUGUCUGGUCAAAAAGAUUCCUACCAGAGUGGCCAAGGGAUUCCAACUGAUAACGAUCCAACUAAUACAACUGUUUUUGUGGGUGGGUUAGAUCCUAGUGUAACUGAUGAUCAUCUGAGGAAGGUUUUUGGUCAAUAUGGCGAGAUAGUGCAUGUGAAGAUACCAGCUGGGAAGCGCUGUGGGUUCGUUCAAUUUUCUGAGAAAAGCUGUGCAGAGGAAGCAUUGAGAAUGCUUAAUGGACUCCAAUUGGGUGGACAAAGUGUUAGGCUUUCAUGGGGCCGCAGUCCUACUUCCAAACAGGGCCAAGCAACAGGGGGGGUUAGCCAGUGGUAUUACGGUGGCAGCGGGUAUGGGCAAGGACAGGAGUAUUACGGGUACUCGGCACAAGACCCUAACAUGUACUACGGGGGCUACCCCGGUUACCAGCAGCAGCCUGGUCAGCAGCAAGGACAGCAGCCGGGUCAGCAGUCGGGUCAGCAGCAAGUUGGAUUCAGCUACUGAAGGAAAUUGAAAGGCUCUUGAGGUUGAAAGAGGAGGAAGGGCGGUAUCCUAUCCUCAGAUCUUGUCAUUAUUUUUGGCCAGGUUCGUGUGUUCUUUGUUACCAAAUUGGUAUGUGACUUUGUUUACUAUCUAUCCUCCUGCGUGAUACAAAUACAUUCCUCUGACUCUCUCUCUCUCUCUCUCUCUCUGUUGCUACUUUGGGGUUUUUCAUAAUAAUGUGAUGGCUAGUUGUUGUUUUUGA